AUGCCUGUUGUGAAUCAUGCCAUAUCCCCUCACCCCUCCCCCACUCUCUCCCCGCCCAAUCCUCCCCUCAUCGUGCAUCCCUGGCCGUCCAUCCCUGGCCGUCCAUCCCUGGCCGUCCAUCUAAGCGCAGGUGCUGCAGAUUCAGAUCUUCUCGCUCACAGGAGUCGAGCCGGAGAACCAAUGGGUACGUGCUGGCACAGUCACUCAUCCCUUCUUGCCAUCUCGUUCCGCGUUUCCCAACCACCAUCUGAAGGGAUGCGGCUGGGCAUGAGGGUGGAUGCUGUGGUCGCCUUUAUCCCUUCUUAUCGCCUUUCUUCUCUAUUGCUCGUGUCCUUUCACCUCACCCUCUCCCCCGGCUUGACCCUUGACCUCUCUUGCUGCAUGCCAAUCUGGACAUGUUCAUCCCUUCUUUCUUACCACCUCUCCCAUUCGCCUCUUUCUCUCCCCCCGCCUUCCCUUUCACCUCUCCUCGCUGCAUGCCAAGUUGUAUUGCAAGGUGCUUCAACAGCACAUUCAUCCUGUCUGACUGCCUUUUGCCAUGCGCCCUUGCAGCUCUCCCUGCCAUCCGGCCCGUCCCUCGACCUCUCCUCACCACAUGCCCAUCUGCCAUCUCUUCUGCCGCCUAGUGCCGCGCUGCUGCUGCUGCACGAUAGGGGGAAGAGGGGGGCGCAAGGGGAGACGGGGGCGGAAGGGGAGGAGGGGGCGACGGGGGAGAAAGGGGCAGAGGGGCGUAAGGGGGAGAGCAGCAGAGGGGGGGAUGAGGAGGUGGCAAGGAGACUGCAGUACGAGGACCCAUCGCGCCAGGCCAAGGCGCGCUCGCUCAUUCCCCUGCACCAGCUGGAGGAGGCUGCUGCACUCUCCCUUGCCAAGCACUCCACAGCCUACUGCACCACAGCCUACCCGCCAGCAGCAGCCGUGAGAGGCCGACAAGGCCAGUACCAGCCGUCAGAAGGGGAGUUCCGUGACGCUGUCUUGAGACAGCUUCUCGUCUGGUUCAAGUCCUGGUUCAGGUGGGUGGACUCCCCCCCAUGCCCCCGCUGCCGCACCCCCACCUGUGCCUUCCACGGCAACGGCACUCCUUCCUCUGACGACCUGCACUGGGGGGGCAGCGGGUUGAGCUACACAGGUGCAAGCAGUGCACCACGGUGGCGCGCUUUGUUCGAUACAACGACCCUGCCAAGCUCCUGGACACCAGGGAGGGCCGCUGUGGCGAGUGGGCCAACGCCUUCACCCUCUGCUGCCGGGCUCUGGGCUAUGUUGCCAGGCAGGCAGUGGAUUGGACAGACCACGUGUGGACGGAGUGCUACUCGCAUGCCCAGCAGAGGUGGAUGCACGUGGACCCGUGUGAAGCAGCCUUUGACACGCCCCUGCUCUAUGAGCACGG